AUGGACGAGGUUUGGGAAUUGGGAAACAAGUAUGCCAGCGAGCAUGUGCAGGUCUUCACGAAGAACCCACGGGAUGCGUUGACCCGGAUGACCAAUUUCGGAGCCCUUUUUCUUGAUAUACUGGUGGGCAAAUAUCUGAAAACCUGCACCUACCAAGAGGUCACAUCGGAACAAGCCAGUGGGGAUCUCGGACGACUCUGUGGACGGGCUGCGCGUGCCGAAAACUUUGAGGCACAUGCGCGUUCCGGGGAUCUUCGGGCUGCGAGAUAUAUGAAAGACGAGAUUGAUUAG